AAAACCAGUUCCUAAAAAAUCCUCCAUCUGCAAACACGUGGAUACCAGUCUGAAACUCUCAGGAUUACAGUAUUUUUUUCCCCUGGGUUUAUUUUUAUAACUUUUUUUUUAAAACAUGUAGAUACACUUUUAUAAUUUAUAGCCUACUUUUCCAACGUUCUCUAACAUUCCAUCAACUUUUGAAAUAGAUCUUUAUAAUAGAACAAGGAUUCUAAAUCACUGGAAACCAUUUGUUAUGGCUCAGGAGAUCGCCCUUCACGUGGAGAUAUUUAAUUCAUGAGUGGGGCUUUGAUGCUUAGGGUGGCAUCCUCCUGACCCUCUUUGUUGCAGUGAGGUCAGUCUGCUGAGCUGGGAUCCCCCUAUGUGUGUGAUUGACAGCAAGCAUGGCUGCAGUUCUUUGAUGACUAUCAGGCGACUUACCCCAGCCUGACCCUGAAAGCUAUCUUUAAUCAUAAAUCAUUUCCACUCGAUGUAGAUGUGAUGUGGUGAGAGGCAGAGAUGAAAGAAAUUGAAGUGGUUAAUGGUAAUUUAAACAGCCACUCUGAUGUCAUCCUCAAUGGAUAUAUGAACAAGAGCUUCCAAGCUUGUCCCAAGGAGGGGAACGUGGACAACAUGGCAAUUUGUGAGUUUGAUCAGCUCCCAUUGGAUGAUACAGGGAUCCACUAUGAGAAAAAAGGAAAAGGGGCUCGGAUAUGGAGCUUUGUGAGUAGGAGAAGAGCUAACUCGACCCGUAACAAGAGGCCACAGUCUAUGAUCCUCACCUCUGAAAUGAAUGAGCCUAAGCCAAAGCUUUCUUUCAUGGACAAAGUAAGAUCUUUUAAGAGAUUAAGGUCUUCCACCUUUUCCAAAGGCUCAGUACUUCGGAAUUCUAAGGCAAAAGUCCAGAGCCUGCCCACAGAGGACACGGAAGUUAGUAUUCCUAGUGCCUUGUUCAGAACAAGGAAGUACACAGAUGGGCAAAGACCAUAUAGACAUUCCUAUGCAGGAUAUAUUGAUGACUUGGACUCGUCCUUUGAAGAUGUUGAAUUAAAUAUUUGCAUUGCUGAAUGUGACCCAAAUGAGAACAGGUGGUUGAGGGAUAUUGGUGUUGGGAAUGGGAAUUCAGAAUUCAUAGACAGCCAAAGCAUGAACAGCCAUCGGAGACAUGCUAAUACAAAAAGUUCUACAAUAGCUGAAGGAGAAAUCCAAAGGAGAGGACUUAAAAUUCCACCAGAACAUCGAAGGGGUAAGAGUUCAUAUAUGUGGAGUUACAUCAGAGGAAUUUCAGUAGCCAACAAAGAUAGUCCAAAAACAAUUGACAGACUCCAAGGAAAUACUUUUCAAAAUGUAGAAAAAACAGAGGAAAAUUCCAAUUCUUCUUUUACUGUUUUGGAUAGAAGGUUGGAAGACGAUGCAGAAUUAUCAAAAAUGCCUGGCAAUGCCAGCAGUUCCAAAUCAAAAAACCUUGGUGGGGUUUUCAGGUUUUUUAGUACUGUGGCAGAAGCAGCAAGGAAGUGGCGAGGCUCCUCCAGGUCUUCUACAUCUGAGGACCAGAUCUCCCAGUCAACACCUCGAACUCCCAGGCUACAUAUGUCCUCAAAAAAGGAGCCUUUAGUUAUAGAAAAUGAGAAUGCCUUGAAUUUCCCUUCUGAACAUCUCCAGUCCCCCGAUUCAGGUAUCUGGGAAAACCAUGCCCAGGAAAAUCCAACUGUGCAGGACAUCUCACCUGAUCCAUCAUACCAUAUAAAAGCUUGUGUUGAAGAAUGCAGGGUUAUAGAAACCAUUGCACAUACAUCGUCUUUGGACAAUGAUUGUUGCAAUGGAGACUUUCCCCAACAGUCUUUUCAUACUGUUUCCACAUUAGUGAACUGUGAGCAACAUUAUAGAGCAGAUAUCCAGACCACCGAAUUGCGCUUGGAAUCUUGCUGUGACUCUUCUCUAACUAACACAGAAUAUGAAUCCAAACAGGAUAGUAUUUUUGAAGCCGAACCUGACAAUACAAUCAAUGCCGAGCCACAAGUUCUGGAGAGACAGGAUGAUGAAGUGUUUGAAUACAGUGAUUCUGCAGCGGAUUCUCGUUUUAGUCUGUCGAUCACGGCUUCAUCCUGUGAUGAGGACCAGUGGGAAGAUGGCAUUCUUGACAAUUCCAGAGAAGAGGAAGACGGAAAACUGGCACCUGUGAACCAAUGUUCUCAGUUUAAUGAAGAAGAGGUGCCUCAUCUUAAACCAAGUCCAGAAGAGGAUGUUGCUGUACCUGCCAAAAAUGAGGAAAUUGUGAAUGAGGCCUUUGAUAAUGAAAGCACCAUACCAAGUGACUCAGACACAGAUCAUAAAAGCAAUGGAUAUGACAAAAUGAUGCCAGUAUCUUGUGCCUAUCCACUAGAGGAACAGAAUAUCCUUCCGCCUCUUCGCCUACCUCCAACUCCACUCACUGUCCCCCCAUCCUUCAAAUUCCCAUUGGACAGAUGUAUGUCGCUUCCUCUAUCACAGAGCACACCAUCUGGUUUGGAUGAAGUUGGGUGGAUCAAGAGGAAACUCGUGAGUACAGCGGAAGAUGACCUCGGCUCCAAGACUUUGGAAGGUCGGAGAGACAGCAGGAAAGGGAGAAGCAGAUGGAAAGCUCUGAAUCCGGGAUCACUUCAGCUACCAGUGCACCAGCUGAUCAGUGGUGGAUCUAUUGUAAGUGCUGAGGCAGCAUGGGAUCACGUCACCAUGGCCAACCGGGAGUUGGCGUUUAAAGCUGGCGACGUCAUCAAGGUUCUGGAUGCUUCCAACAAGGAUUGGUGGUGGGGUCAGAUCGAUGACGAAGAAGGAUGGUUUCCUGCUAGCUUUGUGAGGCUUUGGGUGAAUCAGGAAGAUGGUGUGGAAGAAGGGACAAGCGAAGUCCAGAAUGGGCACUUGGACCCAAGUUCAGACUGCCUUUGCAUUGGCAGAACUCUUCAGAACCGGGAUCAGAUGAGAGCAAAUGUAAUCAAUGAAAUAAUGAGCACAGAACGGCACUAUAUCAAGCACUUGAAAGACAUCUGCGAGGGUUAUUUAAAGCAGUGUAGGAAGCGGAGGGACAUGUUCAGUGAUGAGCAGCUGAAGGUCAUUUUUGGGAACAUUGAGGACAUCUACCGGUUCCAGAUGGGCUUUGUCAGAGAUCUUGAGAAACAGUACAAUAACGAAGAGCCACAUCUCAGUGAAAUAGGACCCUGCUUUCUGGAACAUCAAGAUGGCUUCUGGAUUUACUCAGAGUACUGUAACAAUCACUUGGAUGCCUGCAUGGAGCUCUCCAAACUGAUGAAGGAUGGCCGGUACCAGCAUUUUUUUGAAGCUUGCAGGCUUCUUCAGCAAAUGAUUGACAUUGCUAUCGAUGGGUUCCUUCUGACACCCGUACAGAAGAUCUGCAAAUAUCCUCUCCAGUUGGCGGAGCUACUAAAAUACACAGCACAGGACCACAGCGAUUACAGGUACGUGGCGGCUGCUCUCGCUGUCAUGAGAAACGUCACUCAACAGAUCAACGAACGCAAGAGGAGACUGGAAAAUAUUGAUAAGAUUGCUCAAUGGCAAGCAUCAGUGCUGGACUGGGAGGGAGAUGAUAUCUUGGACCGAAGCUCCGAACUUAUCUACACUGGAGAAAUGCAGUGGAUUUACCAGCCGUAUGGACGCAACCAGCAGAGAGUUUUCUUCCUCUUUGAUCACCAGCUGGUUCUCUGUAAAAAGGACCUGAUCCGAAGGGACAUUCUUUACUACAAGGGUCGAAUGGACAUGGAUAAAUAUGAAGUGAUUGAGGUGGAUGAUGGACGAGAUGAGGACUUUAAUAUUAGUGUGAAGAAUGCAUUUAAACUGCAAAACAAGGAAACAGACGAGAUGCAUCUUUAUUUUGCCAAGAAGUUAGAAGAAAAAUUGAGAUGGCUACGUGCUUUUCGGGAGGAGAGGAAGAUGGUGCAAGAAGAUGAGAAGAUCGGAUUUGAAAUAUCAGAAUAUCAGAAGAGACAAGCGGCAAUGACUGUGCGAAAAGUCAGUAAGCAGAAAGCUGGUGUCAGCUGCCCUCGAUCAGUUCCUCCAGCAUACCCACCCCCUCAGGAGCCAGGGGCCAUUCAAGGACAGUAUAUGGUGACCGACGGUAUAUCACAACCACAGGUUUUUGAGUUUACUGAACCCAGAAGAAGUCAGUCACCAUUCUGGCAAAAUUUCAGCAGGUUGACGCCUUUCAAAAAAUAAUACUGAGAUAUAAAUAUAUAAAUAUAUAUAUUGAGAAAGGAGAAAAAAAAUAAAGAAAAUUAUAUUUAUAGAUGGACAUUUUUUCGGAGAAGCACUGUUGCCACUAAACUAUGAAAGGACCAAAAAAGAAAUUAAAAAAAACAACAAAAAAAACAAACAAACAAGACAGGAAAAUGAAAAACUGUUUUAGUUUUUUUUCCCUUUAAAAUAAUUUAAUUUAUUUUUUUUCCGUCGGACAACAGGAACUGCUCUGCUUGGAAAAUUUCCACACAGCUCACUUGCUUACUCUUGCUAUAGCAUUCGGUCAUGGCCACUGAACUUCCUCGACACGUCACUCAAAAGACUCUUGGAUUUCUGUUUUUCUUCAUGUUUUUUUGUUGACCUGUUUUGGUGAAAAUUGCACAUUUGCUUAUAUAUAAAUAGGCAGACCAUCAAAUAGGGAAAGGGGGUGAGAAUUGAAAAAAAAAAAAAAAAAAAAAAUUUAAAAAGUGUACCAGCUUUCAUUUCAUGACUUUCACACUAUAAACAUCGUAACCUCAGUGGCAACAGCAGGGUUCUCAAUGUAUCAGAAGAGCAUCUGACAGUGCGGAGGGGAAGGGGGUCACACUCAGCUCAUUUGCAUUCUUGUCACGUGAUUAAAGCUGCAGCCAUUUUUAAAGUGGUAAAACUCACAAGCAGAGCACUGCUGCACAACAACAACAACAACAACAACAAAGUAGAAGUGGGAUUUGAGAGUUCUAAAUGGGUUUUUUAAGGCCAUGUCAAAAUAGAUGCACAUGGUAGGACAGCACCUAAAGCUGUCUGUGUAUUUUUUAACUGCUCUUUUUCCUGUUAAAUUAUAUGUGUUUAUUCAGACGUUCAAGGCAAGUAGGUUAUCCAGAAACAAUUGCAAUUGCUUUCUUGCCAGCCUGUUGAUCCUCCCACUGAUUGGGGCUUUACCUGUUCAGGUGAGAGCUCUGUAGCUCACAGUGAAUCAUACCAGGUACUGUGUAGUCUUUCUAUUGCUUUACCUGUUCUCUGGAUAUUCUGAGACCAGGGAGGAGAAUAAUCAAACAGGGAUCAUUUCAUCUAUAUUUAAUGGUGACUUUAUUUUCCUUCCAAAGAGUAUCUUUUAUUCAUUUGUUUUAUUUUAUGGGUCUUUUUUUUUAUAUAUAUAUUUGUUUUAUUUUGCUUCGAUGGUUCAAGAAACCACUAAAUGUGUAUGUAAGGGUGUGUGUACAUAUAUAUAUAUAUAUAUAUAUAUUUUAGCAGGAUUUGUUUUCUGGUCACUGUGAGCUGUGUAACACUACAAGACUAUCUUAAUACAGACUCGUAUCUGCUGCUUUAUCACUCUUCAUUUUUGGGUAAUCCCUUUAUGCUGCGGCCUGAUUACUGCAUCGGUGCUGCGCCCUGGAAAGCCAUUUUUGACUGUAAGAUCCAGCCACUCUCUCAGAUGCAGUGAUAGUGAAAAGGCAAUAAUGCUUACGGUGUUGAAUCUUGGAAGAACACAACGUAACAUGCAGCACCUUAGCUAGGUGGACAUGCCUAUAGAACUGUCAAUCCAGCGACGUAUGUUACAACAAUUGAAGAAACUUGUUGCAGAACGAUUCCCUUUUGCAUCAGAUUUUUACAUCUCAUCAAAAAUUCAUAUUAUGUUAUUCAUUGCGUGCUUUUCUUCUUAGUUCUAACUUUACAUGUCAUUAACCCCCCUCUCUUGCCUUGGCUGUUCCCUCUUUGCAUCCAGUUCAUGUUUUCCAUUUGCAGGUGUUAAUUUUUUAGUUUGUAUGUAUGGCUCGUAUCCCAUUCUCUUGCCUCUGCCUUCGUGCAUACAUCUGCAUUGUCUCUGAUUUUAUAUGCUGUGCAGCUCCCUGUUUUAGAAGAUCUAAGCUCCUUCAUUUAAAUGGCUCUGUAUUCCCCGUGCGCAAGAAGUAGAUGGUGUCAUGGCUUAUUUAACAGGGCACUUUCUUUUAUUUAUUUAUUUUUCUUGACAGCUUUCCCAAGGUGCUUUACUUUCUUUGCAGUAUCUGACUUGUUUACCCAAUCAACUCACCAUGCUGCUAAAGUGUAUCUUGCAUCGAAGCAUUUUGAUGAUUCCCAUUACUUAUCACAUGACCCACCUCUCACUCUGCCGACUGAUCCUCGUCUUUGUGAUUCAAGGCUGGCUUUUUAUAGAUCACCAGCAAAAGCUAAUAAUAACAAUGAGAAAUUGGCUAAAAUGUACGUUUAAGGUGCAUUCACUCUUACUAAUAUUGACAUACCGUGUCAGCCUUUACUUCUUUAAAGACCAAUAAAAAUCCGUGCCAAAAGAGAUGGUAAAGAAAACAAUCAGAAUAAAAAUAUUUUUGCCUUAAAAACAAACGCCCAUUUAUUUAUACAUUUUUUAGUGAGUAACAUUUUUUUUAAUGAGUAAAAGUAGUUAUUUUUCUGUUUGCUGUCUGCCAGUAGAAAUAUUUUGUUAUAUGACCCACAAUACUUACAUUUGAAAGAAUUGACAUUUUAACAAUUCUACACGUUCUAGAUAAUCAUUCUAAAUUAAAACAAUGAAUCAUUCUCAUUUACCUAUGAAAACUCUCCAAUGAAUUUUAUAAGAACAGAAAGAAAAGUUAAAAAAAAUAAAAUAAAACAAACAGUGACAUAUCAGAAAAAAAAGGAACAGAGAACAGACUUGUGCAUUUUUGCUCACAUUUAUUGUACAGCCUUAAACCAAAAGGUGACUACACUCACAGCAACUUGAUACCACAUUAUUAUAUUCUCGAGAGCAGCACACAAAAUAGAUUUUGGUGCAAUUCAGGCACAAAUAGUAGCAGACUUCCAGGACACAAGAAAAAUGGAAAAAAAAAACAAAAUAGCACUGCACAUACUGCCACUGGAGAGAAGUCUCUUGUCUUUGGCAGGGAUAUUUUUUAAAAUAUUGAUUGUCAGGAAUUUGAAGUUGAUUUAAAAUUUUAUGCCAUUUUAUAAUUUGGAAAUGUUUUCCAAUUCGCCUAAUGUGGCCUAAAAUUUGAAUUUGAAUUCCUGAAAGUGCACACUUUAGUGAAUAAUCCAGUAUUUAUUUCCUUACCUUUGUUUUAUUAUUUAACCUUUAUUUUCCCAAAUAGUGCAUGCAAGAUUCACCGAAUAUAAUCCCAUACCCCAGAAUUCUGUAUAUUUGAUUUAAUCAAUUAGUUUAUUGCAAAUUGAUUUUGCACUCGUUUAUGGUGCAUAAAUGUAUUGUAGUGCUGGCUCUGCUGUGACCCCCAGCAACUGCACAAGCGGGUGGGUAGAUCUCUUACUCGGUGCAGAUUGCCAUGGAUGCUUCCUUGCAGUCAGAGACCGUAAGGGACAAUUCAAAGGGGUAUGCACCCUGCCUGAAGUGCAGACCUGCACCGAUAGCCCAUCGACCACCACGAAAACCACUGGAACACCAGGGUUCUAAGGCUUAAUCUGGUUAAUCUGGUUUGUUCUAAGGCUUAAUCAUCGAUAUAAUAAAUUUGCUGUACACAUGACAGUUCAGGUAUUCAAUAAAAUGCAAGAUUUUGUAGCAAAUGAUUACACAGAAAUAUUUGAAAUUAUAGCAUGUAACUAGUAUACUCCUUUUGAAUAAGAUAUUUAAAAGGAACAUUGUAAAAUAUCAUGUCAAAAUUAUCCAUUUAAGUUCUAUAGGAUAUUCACAUUUUUGUUUGUAUAUGAAAAAAAUAAUCUAUUUACUCCAAAGGUUGCGAUGAAGUGAGAAACACCUUGAGAUAGUUGAGUGUGAGAAAAAGAACAUUUCCGUUAAACUGAAGAUUUGUAAACUGAAAAUCUUUUUAUUUUUUAAUUUUUUUUUUA